GUCCAUUUUCAAUCGAUUACUAAGAAAAAAAGAAUAGUCUCAAAACCGCAAGGUCGGACAGUUGUAUUUUUCCACACAAUCUUUUUACAAAUUCUACAAAAAUCCCUAUAGAUUUUUGUUUUAAAUUUAUUUUUAAUUACAUUGUGGGCAUUUUGUUACGCUGUAGAACCAUUUGUUGGAACCAUUACGUUUCGUCAUUCGUUCCUUUGUUGAAAGAAAACUUGUACACGGACGUUCUGUUUAUUGGUGUGUGUUAUUCAUUGAAAAAGAAGAAGAAACACUCACAAGCAAGAAAAAGAUAUAUUGAAAGGAAUAAAAAAGUUUCGCUUUGGAACGGUGUUUGCGCUUUGUACUUAUUCAGUUAACGAAAAUACAUAGAAAAACGCACGAUACGGUGCAAAGUGAAGACGAGCAUACACAUCUCAUAAAAAUUUCUAUAACGCAAAUUGGCAAAAAUUAAAAAAAAAAAGUAAAAUAAAGGUGUUAAACGUAUAAACGAAUUAUGGCUGCUAGCGAUAAACCGUCUGACGAAUCAUUGUAUCCGAUCGCGGUUUUAAUUGAUGAAUUAAAGAAUGAAGACAUUCAGCUUCGUUUGAACUCAAUUAAAAAACUUUCAACAAUCGCAUUGGCAUUGGGCGAAGAACGUACACGAUCUGAGCUGAUUCCAUUCCUAACUGAGACGAUCUACGAUGAGGAUGAAGUACUUCUUGCAUUGGCCGAACAACUAGGCCAAUUCACAAAUUUGGUUGGAGGUCCAGCAUUUGCUAUGUCAUUGAUCCCACCAUUGGAGAGUUUGGCCACAGUUGAAGAGACAGUCGUGCGUGAUAAAGCUGUGGAAUCACUGAAAAUUGUUGCCUCACAACACAGUGUAGCCGACUUGCAAACCCAUUUCAUUCCAACAUUAAACACUCUGACUUUUGGUGAUUGGUUCACAUCUCGUACAUCUGCUUGUGCUUUGUUCACGGUUUGCUAUCCACGUGUUUCUCCAGCAAUCAAAGGUGAACUUCGUAAUAAUUUCCGACAACUAUGUCAAGAUGAAACCCCAAUGGUUCGCCGUGCGGCAGCCAGUAAAUUGGGCGAAUUUGCCAAAGUGGUUGAAGUUGAAUAUUUGAAAGCAGAUUUGAUCCCAAUGUUUGUUCAAUUGGCUCAAGAUGAUCAAGAUUCCGUUCGUUUAUUGGCCGUUGAAGCAUGUGUUAGUAUUGCACAACUACUUCAACAAGAAGAUGUCGAACAAUUGGUAAUGCCAACUUUGCGUCAAUGUGUAAAUGAUUCAUCAUGGCGAGUACGCUACAUGGUUGCUGAUAAGUUCUGCGAUUUGCAAAAGGCUGUUGGACCAGAUAUAACACGCACAGAUCUUGUAACAGCUUUCCAAUCACUACUCAAAGAUACUGAAGCUGAAGUACGUUCGGCUGCCGCUUCCAAAGUCAAAGAAUUUUGCGCAAACUUAGAUAAAACAAAUCAGGUCCAAAUUAUAAUGACAUCAAUUUUGCCAUAUGUCAAAGAACUCGUGUCCGAUCCAAAUCAACAUGUUAAGUCUGCUUUGGCAUCAGUCAUCAUGGGAUUGAGCCCAAUUCUUGGGGUCUACAAUACUGUUGAACAUUUACUGCCAUUGUUCUUAAUUCAGUUGAAAGACGAAUGCCCAGACGUUCGAUUGAAUAUAAUAUCGAAUUUGGACUGUGUGAACGAUGUUAUUGGAAUUCAACAACUGUCACAAUCACUUCUACCAGCAAUCGUCGAAUUGGCUGAAGAUUCGAAAUGGCGUGUUCGCUUAGCUAUUAUCGAAUACAUGCCGGCUCUUGCUGGUCAAUUGGGUCAAGAGUUCUUUGAUCAGAAACUGCGUAAAUUAUGCAUGGACUGGCUUAGCGAUCACGUUUACGCUAUUCGUGAAGCAGCUACAUUGAAUACAAAGAAAUUAGUCGAUCAAUUCGGUUCACAGUGGGCAGAAAAUACCAUAAUUCCAUCUGUUUUAGUUAUGGCACGCGACAAGAACUACUUGCACAGAAUGACUUGCUUGUUCUGUAUUAAUGUUUUGGCCGAGGCAUGUGGAGUUGAAAUGACAACCAGAUUAUUAUUGCCAACGGUUUUACUAUUGGCAACGGACGGAGUUGCCAAUGUUCGUUUUAAUGUGGCAAAAACAUUACAAAAAAUUUCACCCUAUUUAGAAGCUACAGCUAUUGAGACACAAGUUAAACCGGCUUUGGAGCAGCUGAAUGCAGAUCAAGAUGUAGAUGUCAAGCAUUUUGCAUCAGAAGCUAUUGCAGGAAUCGCCGCUUAAGCAAUUGCGACUCCCACAUUUUUUACACAUUUCAAAACAUCCAAUUUAUAAGAUGGAAGCAUCAGAAGAAAAUCAGCGUUUUCUGUUUGACUAAUGGAAUGAAAAAAAUAAAAAAUAUAGCAAUUAAGUACAGAAGCACAAUAAGUUUAACAAAACGGAUAAUUAAUAACAAAACAUGUUUCAUAAAAUAAAUCUCUUGAUUAAUCACAUAAAA